AUGCGGGUGACUGACUGUUGGUUAUUUUUUAAAGUUGCUCUUUUAUAAUUUAUGCACUUUGAACCUGUUACUCAGAUUUCUAAUCGUCACAUGUACUUUCCUGGGCUUUGCCUGGCACUGUGUUGAAUUUGGUUUGUGGGCAUGUGAUUUUGCCUUUUUAUACUUUUACAAAUUUUGUGUAAUCUACCUCAAAAGAGUAAUUUUCCAGUAAUGCAUUGGUUAACUAUAAUGCUGGCAUUUCUUGUUCAGUAACUUUAAAGACUAUCCUGUCUCUCAAUUUAGAGACUAGUUAUCCAGGUUAGAUUGACCGGUUCACUGCUUCUUAGCAACCUCAUGAAAGGAUUUGAGAAAUAAAUGUGAAUACUCAGUCCACCUGGUGUGUGCCUGGCGUUGGGAAGAGGAGCCCGGACAGACUGUCGACACCCAUACUGUGCAAGCUACGGAAUCACAGAAGCCUCCUAGUAUUCAGGUUUAAAACUGCAAUCACCAAGGACCUCAGGCCCAGAUCUGGAGAGUGGAAGAGUGUGAGUAGAUGUGGAAGGAGAGACAGACGCCCUCUUCGGCUGUGUGAGUGUGCACAAGUUAUGGCGCUCGAUGGAGGCUAUGAAAUCCAUCAAUAAAUAAGUGUUGUUGAAUAAUUGAUGACAGGUAAUUGAUAGUGUAAUGAAUGGACCCUUAAUAAUUGAUACCUAGAAACACUGCCUUUGUCAGCUAAGCUUUGGAUGUUUUCGUGUGAAGUGUAGCAGUGUGCUUUGUAUGUUAUUUUUCUAUCAAAUAGCAUUAUGGAUAAUGAGGAAAUGGGGACAACGCCUGUGCCGAGCGCAGACAGUGUGCGAGUGGCGGUGCGCGUGCGGCCUUUCAGCCAGAGAGAGAAGAGCUCCGGAAGCCAAUGUGUGAUUUCCAUGCAUUCCCAAAGCACCACCAUCCGAGACCCUAAGAACGGAGAGCAUCUGAGGACCUUCACCUUUGACCUGGCCUAUUGGUCUCAUGAUGGCUUUCAAAAGGAUGAAGAUGGGGUCCUUAUUCCAUCUAAUCCGACCAGUAAAUUCGCAGGCCAGCUCCAUGUCUUCCAUGAUAUUGGAAGGGGAAUUCUAGACAGUGCCUGGCGAGGCUACAAUGCUACCCUCCUGGCCUAUGGCCAGACCGGCUCUGGAAAAAGCUACUCCAUGAUUGGCUUCGGCGCAAACAAGGGUAUUAUUCCAAGAGUGUGUGAAGAGCUCUUCCAAGCUAUUAAGAUGCAAAAGAAAAACCUAGAACUCCAGGUCAUGUUUAGCAUGCUGGAAAUUUACAAUGAACAGAUAAGAGAUUUGCUGUCCAGAACCAAGACUCCAGGAGGGUUAAAAGUCAGGGAAGAUCAACAGCUGGGGUUUUUUGUGGAAGGGCUAAAGUGGGUGCCUUGUGAGAAUUAUGCACAGAUUGAAAAGCUGAUGGAGCAGGCCUCAAAAACCAGGAUGACAGCUUCGACCAACAUGAAUGCCAGCAGCAGCCGGUCCCACAUGGUCAUUACCAUCCAGUUUAAGCAGGUUUUCCUGGACACGGCUCUCACCAAACAAUCCAGCAUCAACAUGGUUGACUUGGCAGGAAGCGAGAGACAGAAAUCAUCAGGAGCUGAAGGAGACCGGCUGAGAGAAGGAUCCAGGGUCAAUUUAAGCCUAACCAGUUUAGGGAAUGUCAUUAGUGCCCUGGCUGACUCAGCCAUGGGGAAGAAAGUCCUGCACAUUCCCUACAGAGAUUCUGUUCUGACCAAACUGCUCCAGUCGGCUCUGGGCGGGAACAGCCGGACAACACUGAUUGCAGCCAUAAGCCCAGCUGAUAUCUGCUAUGAGGAAACCUUGUCGACACUGAGAUACGCCGAGAGGGCUAAAAAGGUUCAGAAUAGAGCUACGAUCAACACGUGUACACUGGUGAGAGCAUCCAGGGCUGAGAACAAGCAGCUGCUCAGAUUCGGGGGCACCGGAGCAGAAGAGCACCCAGCUUGUUUCCUGGCAGAAUGGCAGCUGGGUACUCGAACCUGGGCCCACCUGCUGGAGCAGGCGCGGAAGGAAUGGGAGGAGCAGUACGCGGCGCUCUCGCAGGAGCAACAGAUGGUGAAGGCUCUCCCACACCUUCUCAACGUCAAUGAGGACCCACAGCUCACAGGUGCUCUCAAGUUCUUCAUUCACAAUGGUUCCUGUGACGUUGGUCGGGCUGCUUCAAAUGCGAUCUGUCUUCAAGGCCUGGGGAUUACAGAUAAACACGCUUCCUUCGUGAAUCUGGACGGUAAAGUGACAGUCGCACCACACGGCAAGUGCAAGGUGAUUGUUAACGGGGUACCUGUCACCAGCAGGACAAAGCUGCAGCACUUGGACCGCAUCAUCUUGGGAUCCAACAGUGCCUUCCUCUACAUCGGGUUUCCCUCAGAGCGAGGCGCUAAAGAUUUGAGUAGAUACGACUAUGACUUUUUCCAGCUGGAGCGGGCAGCUGCUGAGGGAGUCAGCAUGGACAUGCUUGGUACUGGGAGCCCUGGAGAUGGCCAAGCUGACCCUAGCAUCUUAGCUGUGUUCCAGGACUACAUCAAACUCAUGCCGCUGGUUGUGGAGGCAAAUCAGAUGAGCGAGGAGCUAAAGAAGGGACUUAGAAUGGAAUUGAAGGUGAAGAACUUGGCAUCAUCAGAUUCCAGGGGCUUCGACCUCCAGAAAGAGGUCAUGGUGAAGGUGACCAAACCAAGGACUCAUGAGGUAUGGAUUUGGUCAAAAGCCAAGUUUAUCAAUAGGAAAUUCCUGAUGGAGGAACUUUACCAGCGCUUUCUAGAGAGUGAAGACAGCCAGGUGGCUCAGGAAGAUGACCCAUUCUGGGACCCUGUGGAGGUUGUCCACUUGGGCUCGGCACACAUUUGGCUGCAGUCCCUGGCUUACCGCAUGAUGCUGGAGGAGCAGGUGGAGUUUCUGAACUAUGACGGGCUAGAGGAGGCAGUAUUGCACAUCCGCAUCACUCCCUGCUCCCCGGAGGGAUGGGCCCACAGUGAGGAAGAUGUGGUUAUUGACCCCCUGGAGCUACUGGGCAAGAGGAUUGACUUCCAGAUUCAGAUCAUCAGAUGCCUUGGUGUCAAAUGGCUAAAGGAAGAUGCAAACCGGGGCAUUCAGAUGGGGUACAGAAUCUAUGAUCUCCCAAACACUCUGUAUACCAAACCUGUGUGGAAAAGCGUGAACCCCCGGAUCGAAGAGACUGUCCACAUCGUAGCCCUGAGUGCAUCUCGCGAGUUUCUGGAUUACUUACUGACAAAUGCUCUGGUCGUUGACUUGUGGGGCCUCCAAGAAGGCUGUGCUGAAUUAGGCUUCUCUCAGCUGGACAGCCUGCUCCUAGGUGAAGGCCACAUUGUGGUAGAUACUAAGAAACUGUCCGGUGUGAAGAAUGUGAGCCAGAUCAUGUCAAACCAGGUACCAGAAAUUUAUCAGAAACUGCUCAUGUUAGAGCAGGAGACGGAGCUGCUUAGAGAUGUUAAUCGAGCCCUCAGAGAAGAAAACGUGUUUCUCAAGGCAUCGCUGGAAAAAACUGGUUCUGCUCAGCAGGCCCGGAGGGCAGAUAACCCAGAGAGAGGUGAGGUGAGAACACAGCUGCCGGCUGUCAGAGAGGCUAAGCGGAUGUGUGCUCAGCAAGCCGGCUGCGAUGCCCAGCUGGCCAGAGCCCUGAAGGUGUUCUAUGGGGGCAUGAGCGUGGCCAGACGACAGCUGCUGGGACUGCGGCAGUGCAGACCCCCUGAAGACGAUCAAAUGCUUCGACCUUUUGUGCACCAACGAUCUCAGAUGCUAAAGGAUUUGGAGGACCUGCUUGAAUCCAGCUUACGGAGGCUGAAAAAUGAUGUUGCUUUCAUAGUGAAGAAGAAGAAAGAGUAUCUACUGCAUAGUCAACAGUGAGGACAAGCAAACUAAAAACACGCUCUGAGUUCGUGAGCUUUACUGACAAAUGUAUCCAUU